AUGGAACACUCUGUUACUCUGCUUUCUUCAGCCAUGGGCGAAGGCGAAACAAACAGCGUCGGCGAUCACCCCAACCACGUCGACGCCGAGGCUAUGGCAGAGACGGCCAAGAAACAGCGCAGGAAGAUCCAAAACCGGAAGAACCAACGAGCACACCGUGGGGAGCAAGACCCGGGGUCUGUUCAGACGCCACGCCAGUUCCAAGUCAGGCGCUGGCGCCUGGACGAACUUGAUGGUUGUCCCUCCCAAGACGCCUCGACAGCAUCGAAAGGCGCAACCGCCACGUAUAUCUCCCCUCGACAGUCUCACACUCACGUCAUUGCAUCAAUGUCCACACCUGAACGCGCCGGAGUCCCUCGGGGACAACCACCACCCACUCUGGUCCAUACCCAGACGUCCCUAACGGUCCCGUCCUUCAUCUUCCCCCUCUCAACCGAUCAUCUCCUCCAUCUUAUUCAGUAUAAUGUCUUCCGUGCUUUUGUCUCUAACAAGCGCACUCUCAAUACCCUUCUCACGGGCUGGACCGAUAAUCCUCCCUCCCCAACCACCUGUCCCAUCAGCGGUCCUUACCGUGACGACACCACCGUCUACCCCCUGAACCCCAAUAUUCCUCUCUCCCUCGUCCCGACCCGCCUCCAACAAACCCGCUUGCACUCCAUAUGGAUCAACCUCUUUCCCUUCCCCCGCGUCCGUGACAAUCUUAUAAGACGCGAGGGAAGUUUCGACCAUUGGGAGCUGCUACAAGACCUCAUUGGCGAGCUCAUGAGUGCCACGCCUGCUCAAAAGCGGCAAGGUACGCCCCUCACCAUUACUGUCUCCGAUCCCGAAACCAUGUGGACCCUACCCCUCACCGCAGGACGCGACGAGGAUGAGGUCACUGCGGGGCGCAAGGGACUUAUUGUUUGGGGUGAACCGCACGACAUGCAGAACUGGGAGGCCACCCCUGGCUUUUUUGCGAAGUGGUCGUGGGUUGCGGAAGGAUGCGACGAUUUAGUUGAAUCUAGUAACCGCUGGAGGCUGAUGAGAGGAGAGGAACCUAUUCAUCUCUCUGAAUCGGAAGGGUAG